AUGAGAAUACUGGAGUCUGGCAGCAGUGUUAUGGAAACAUCCAAAGUCCAAGUCGAAUUCAGUGAUCCGGCUGGACUAUUCACCUUAAUUCAACCGGUGCUACAAUCUAUCUCAUCCCUUCACAUCGAGCUUGUUCCUGACACAAAAAAUGCCAUUGGGGAUGUGGAUGCUACAGUUCAGGAGAGCUCCCAGGACGAAACGGGCCCCAGACAUCGUACUUUAUCUUCAAGUGGUGUUCCCUCAAAGAAGGAAAGGCGGCAUCAAUUUCCCGGACUUCGACAGACGCCCUAUCUGAAAAUCUAUUUGCUAUCAGGUACCGACCUUGAGGCAUACAAGUCACAAACAAGACCCGAUCUGCAGGAAUGGGUGAACCGCCAGACUUCUGCUAGACAAAGCAAUGCAUCCAUAAAUAAGCAAGAGAAACAUGAUGCAUUUGAAUGGCUCAUUGUCCACAUCCUUGUAGAUACUACGGAGCUGUCUGAGGUAUAUGCUAGUGGUAAGGCUGAUUCUGAAAGCAUCCGAAAAACUAGCUCCUCCCGAUGGAAAGCUCGAAGUUCGAAGACCGUGAUCGAAAAGGUCCGUUCAGACUUCAAUAGCCCAUCCAAGCAUGCCGCCGAUCGGGUUACUCAGAUCCAGCUUCCCAGCUCCCAGGAAAUCGGCAUCAAUACGAAGCGUGACUCACAGGAAGAUCAAACCCUCCUAGAAGAUGUUGUUAAGAAGAUGAAAGCUCUGAUAUUGGCAUCCUUUGAUCGACGUGUGCAGCAAUAUGAAGAAGACAUUAGGGAGAAGGAGCUUCAGCGCAAUCUGCCUGGAUGGAACUUCAACACCUACUUCGUCCUGAAAGAGGGACUUGCGAUAGGCUUUGAGAGCGUCGGUCUUAUAGAGGAUGCGCUUACGGGAUACCAAGAACUCGCAGCCGGUCUGGGGGCGGUUGUCGAUGAACAACUCACUGCAAACUCCGAAUCGGAUGCCUCUCACUUUCAAGACCGUACAGUGGAAUUUCAGCAUCUUCUUGAGAAGUGUCUCGCAAUUUCAGAAGACAACAGCACCUCGUUAGAAGUCCCCCAGGUUGAACUUGCAAGCCUCGGUUCACUAGUCUUAAAUACGGACAGGAAGGCGUUCCGUAAGCUGAUACUCGAGAAUAACAUUUCAAUCUUCGAUUUUCAAUGUUACGUCUUUGCGCGGCAGGUCUCGUUACAGCUUCGUCUAGCAAAUGUGCCGUUUCUUGUAACGGCCACCCUAGCCAACCCCGCGCAGGCUACUCCGUCUACCAAUGGAAGCAACACAAAAACUACACUAAAUGACGCAGGGCAAGUGAAUCAUCAGAAGCUCGCUCACAUCUGUGAACUUGCGCUUACCUUUAUUGCGUCUUCAACGUGGGUCAUUCGCCAAGACGUAGAAGCCUGCUUAGACUACGCUACCGAGCAAUGUAUACGUGACGGGCGCACGCCUUGUCCCGCCAUGAACCACAUUAUCGUCGAGAAUAUAGUUGCUUCGUGGACGUUCUCCGCAUGUCAGAGUAUUUUAGACUCUACGUCGACACGUGUGCUUUCGCCUCACCUCGAAAAGGCCCUGAGACAACUCAGACGCUCUUCGCGAGUACAUCCUGAAUUAGUCAAUCGCGGCGAAGAGAGAUGUGAUGAUGAUACUCGACGUAAAAGUUUUCCGAUGCGUGCGUCUUCGUUAUCGUUCCGAAGUCCGUCUACAGCAUCAACUCAACUAUUUCCGCUGUCAGAAAGUUCCCAUGCGGGUCAACAGCUUGUAUCAUUGUCGCUAUCCCAUGGAGCGGGUGAACUUGCAAGCUCGCGAGGCGAGCUUCUAACUUUAGCGAAACGUACGCUUGCCACUCUUGGUAUGUUUUUGAAGACAUGGAAAAUAGGGUCUUCGUUCACGACUGAGCAUUCUGAGACUGAGUCCUCUCUUGAGGACGUCGAUCUGAACGAUCAAGCAGACGUGGACGAACGCUCACAGUCGCCUUUCCCUAGUCCUAAGACAACUACACAAGGAAUUGAAAAUGCCUUCUUGCUGAGGGCCUUGAGCUCCAAAGACAAUUUCUACGCAUUGUAUGAGGACUUAACAGCCUCGACUUUAGCACACUAUGUCAUUUCCGACCAAGCCAAAAAGAUAGAGGCUACUACAGCUGAUCUAGCGAUACUGUACUUUCAUCUCGAAGAUUUCACCACAGCGGUUACUUAUUUCAGGCAAUUAGCACCCUCUUACGACGAUAAAGAGUGGUCUAACUUAGGAACUCUAAUACUUGAGAUGUUAGCACAUUGUCUGCGGCAUCUGGGAUAUGACAACGAAUAUAUAGCUGUAGCCUUACGCGCCUUGAGACGACUAAAACCCGAUGUAGAACCACGGCUGACCUCGUCGUUGUCUCUGGGUGAAGUAUUCAAGGCGUCCGCAAGUCUUAAGGAGCAAGUUACACUUCCUUUUGACGCCUUUUUCUAUCAAGGUACGCUCGAGCCUUACAUCCAGCAUGUAUUUGGCCAAGAUACUUUUGAGAUGCACUUUGACUUUCAAUGUGGGCUUGCAGAGAUAUUCGAAGCACAUUCACUGUGUGUGCAAGCUAUCGGAGUCGGUGAGGAGGAUUUCAAAAAGUUCAGCAUGUGUAGCGGGGAGGGUAUUGCGACGAUUAAACCUGGCUGGUACGUGGUGGAUAAGAUUCGCCUGCUUGCUGGAAACAUCGUCUUCGAGCAACACAACUCCCAGCCAAGCGAUGCUCUUGUCCUUCCUGGGAACAAACCAGCUGUAAUCGAAAGCAAUCCUCGGGCGCAAGACUCCAGACAAUUCAUGGUGUGGGAAACUUCCGAAAGCCUUGCUGUGAAAGUAUCACCCUCUAGGUACAUUAAACUCUCGCAGCCGCGAUCGAUUGACGUCGAGAUUUUUAGUGGCUGGAACGAUAUCAUAGAUGCCACAAUACUUGUGCGAGCCGGCUCCGCGGGGCUUCGAAUUCAUACAGCCGAAGCGCAGACAGCUGACCGGGCAAAGCUGGGCAGCGACACUUCACAGUCUGGCAGUAUUCGAUUCGAUGACUUGGCUCGCGACAAGAAGAUUGUCAUAUCUAUUCCAUAUGAAUUGGAGGCCGAUUCAGAUGAGAUCCAACUUCGAGUCGAAAUCUCCUACAGAACAAAAGAUGGUACUUUCACCUACGCCUCCAGGAUCAAGGUUCCCUUGAAGCUUGCUAUCACUGUAAAUGUUCAAGAGAACUUCAAGAAGAACUUCCUUUUCUCGCGCUUUAGUAUUGGUCCAGCGACUUUGUCGCCCAUUCGACUAAUCAGCACAGAGAUUACAAGCAACGUUGAUUACGACGCACAGCUCUUCUCGACAAACGCAGACCACCUAAGAAUAUUUGAUCGUCAACCCUAUUCGGCAAUUGGGAAGAUUCAACGCAGGCGCAAGGAUGUCAGAAUAGAUGCAGCCAACCGAAUAGAGCCACGGAUAUAUAUGAAGAUCAAGUACCUGCUCGAAGAUGCAAUGAUUACGAAGACUGUUGACGUGCACUUAUCUGAAGCUUUAGCAGCCGCCCAAAUACAAACCUAUUCUCGUCUGCUAUCACAACACUUAAUUACUCGCUUACGUAGUAGAAUGUCAGCCGCAGAUCUCGAGAUCUUUGCAUUGACGCAGACAGUACCUCUUGGCUCUUUCGCGGAUUGUGGGUGGGACGACGUGUUACAAGUCUUGAUACCCAGUCAAGUUGUUAGACUAAAACAAGUGUUGGAGGGCUGGCAUCAGAAAUGCGCGUGUCUGCCUUUUGACCCCAAGGAACGUGAACCAUUGCAACGGCAGCUCGAUGUUCCAGUCGAUAUUCCAGAUAUGAUGGUAGUACACACUGUACAGCUCCGGCUUGACGAAAGCAUUGCUCAUGCCUCCAAAUUUGGCACCUGCCUGACUCAAGGUCAGACUAUCCCGGCGGAGCUUGACAUCGAACACACCAGACAGUGGAGCAGAACAAGUGCAGACGGCGGACCACUAGACUUCUGCUACAAAAUUAUCGGCAGCGCUGAUGAUUGGCUUGUUGGGGGCCACCGCAGCGCAACCUUCAGUGCCAAGCCCUCCGAUCGGCAUUCGUUCUCCGUGUUUCUGGUGCCUCAAAAGACUGGUCACCUACUUCUGCCUAAUGUUCAGGUUCACCAAAUUACACAAUCUUACCCAAACGGUGACGAAGAUGGCGAAAGCUGCGUUUCGACUAGCUCAGUAACCUGCACAACCGACUAUGUGAAUCAAGGGGAAACGGUUCACGUCAUCCCCAAUGUCAGCAGCACUACCGUCAGCUUGGCACCAGACAACGUGGCUGAUGGCGUAUGGCUCCUCGAAUCGCAGCAGCGCGUGGAGUCAAAAGCGGUCUAG